GCCUCUGAACAGCCACAGGGUAAAGUCCUGUCAUCCCCGGGAUCCGGUCACUGGGGAAAAGGGAUAAGGAGACCAGAAGAGGGCCAGCUGGGGCGAGUGGGAGGGGGUGCCCAGGAAGCCGCGUCUGAGAGGGGCAGGGACCAGGCACAGGAGGCCGGGGCACGGAGAACAAACUCCCCUCAGAGGUGGAGAAGAGGGGAACGGAAGGAACCGAGGGAGGGACAGGCGGGAGCCCGAGGAGGAAAGAGGAGGGGAGAGGGGUCAGGCCAGGAGGCCACGGAGGAGGCGUGUGGCUGGGGGCUGCUGCCGGCAGGAAGCUGGGGACAGGACCCGACCCUCGACCCUUGGAGCAGCGAGCAUCCCCGCUCCGGGCAGAGGCGCCAGCGGUCAGGCGGGAUGAGCCUCUGAGGGCCACAGCGGAGCGCCCCCACCAUGGCCCCCAGGACCCUCUGGAGCUGCUACCUCUGUUGCCUACUGACCACAGCCGUGGGGGCAGCUAGCUACCCUCCUCGGGGUUACAGCCUCUACACAGGAAACGGUGGGGCUCUCAGCCCCGGGGGGCCCCAGGCCCAGAGCGCCCGCCGGCCUGCCAGCCGCCACAGGAACUGGUGUGCCUACGUGGUGACUCGGACAGUGAGCUGCAUCCUUGAGGAUGGAGUGGAGACCUUCGUCAAGCCCGACUACCAGCCCUGUGCCUGGGGCCAGCCGCAGUGCACCCACAGCAUCACGUACCGCAACUUCCUCCGACCGCGCUACCGCGUGGCCUACAAAACGGUGACGGACAUGGAGUGGAGGUGCUGUCAGGGGUACUCAGGUGACGACUGUGCCGAGAGCCCCGGCCCCGCGCUGGGCCCUGCCCCGGCCACGCCACGGCCCCGGCCCCAGCCGGGCCGCCCCAACCUCUCCGGCUCCAGUGCCGGCAGCCACCUGAGUGGGCUGGGCGGGGAAGGUCCCGGGGAGUCAAAGAAGGUGCAGCAGCUGGAGGAGCAGGUACAAAGCCUGACCAAGGAGCUGCAGGGCUUUCGGGAUGUCCUGCAGGGACUGAGUGGGCGCCUGGCAGAAGAUGUCCAGAAGGCCGUGGAGGCGGCCUUUAAUGGGAGGCAGCAGCCAGCAGACGCAGCCGCCCGCCCUGGUGUGCAUGAAACCCUCAACGAGAUCCAGCAGCAGCUGCAGCUGCUGGACAAGCGUGUCUCCACCCAUGACCAGGAGCUGGGCCACCUCAACAACCAUCACGGUGGCGGUGGUGGUGGUGGUGGUGGCAGUGGUGGUAGCAGUGGUGGCCAAGGCGGCGGUGGUGGAGGAGCCCUGGACCCAGCCCCAGCCUCCUCUGGCCACAGCCAGGAGCUGCUGCGGGAGAUGGAGCGGCGUCUGCAAGAGUCCUGCUCCGUGUGUCUGGCGGGACUGGAUGGCUUCCGCCGACAGCAGCAGGAGGACCGGGAGCGGCUGCGUGGACUAGAGAAGUCACUGGCCUCUGUGGAGGAGCGGCAGCGGCAGCUGGCCAGGCAGGCUGUGGGCCACAGGCCCCCUCAGGAAUGCUGCCCUCCGGAGCUGGGCGGGAGACUGGCGGAGCUGGAUCGGAGGCUGGAGGUCGUGGCCAGUUCAGUGAAAGUGCUGAGUGGGCGGAGAGGCUCCGAGCUGGAAGGUGCAGAGGGGCACGGAGGCCAUCCCCCAGGCUACACCAACUUAGCAUCCCGCCUCUCCCGCCUGGAGGACCGAUUCAACUCUACCCUGGGUCCCUCGCAGGAGCAGGUGGAGGGCUGGCCUGGGCGUCCUGGGGGACUGAGUCACUGGCUGCCUGCUGCCAGGGGCCGACUAGAGAAGCUGGAGGGGCUGCUGUCCAAUGUGAGCGGGGAUCUAGGUGGCCGGCUGGACCUGCUGGAAGAGCAGGUGGCGGGGUCUGUGCAGGCAUGUGGGCAGCUCUGCUCUGGAGCCUUGGGGGAGCAGGACUCCCAGGUCAGAGAGACCCUCAGUGCCUUGGAGCGCAGGGUGCUAGACAGCGAGGGGCAGCUGCGGCUGGCGAUCUCGGGCCUGCACAAGGUGGGAGCAGCCGGGGAGGCCCGGCAGGCCACGCUGGAGGGACUGCAAGGGGUCGUGGGCCAGCUCCAGGGUCGUGUUGAUGCUCAGGAUGAGACAGCUGCAGAGUUCACACUUCAGCUGAACCUCACAGCUGCACGGCUGGGCCAGCUGGAGGGUCUGCUGCAGGCCCGUGGGGACGAGGGCUGCGGGGCCUGCGGUGGCGUCCAAGAGGAACUGGGCCGCCUUCGGGAUGGGGUGGAGCGCUGCUCCUGCCCCCUGCUACCUCCACGGAGCCCUGGGGCUGGCCCAGGUGUUGGGGGGCCAAGCCGUGGGCCUCUAGAUGGCUUCAGCGUAUUCGGGGGCAGCUCCGGCUCAGCCCUACAGGCCCUGCAAGGAGAGCUUUCCGAAGUCAUCCUCACCUUCAGCUCCCUCAACGACUCACUGCACGAGCUCCAGACCACGGUGGAGGGCCAGGGCGCUGAUCUGGCGGACCUGGGAGCCACCAAGGACCGCAUCAUCUCUGAGAUUAACAGGCUGCAGCAGGAGGCCACAGAACACGUCAUGGAAAGUGAGGAGCGCUUCCGAGGCCUGGAGGAGGGACAGGCACAGGCUGGCCGGUGCCCCAGCCUAGAGGGGCGAUUGGGCCGUCUGGAGGGAGUCUGUGAGCGGCUGGACACGGUGGCUGGGGGACUGCAGGGCCUACGCGAGGGCCUUUCCAAACAUGUGGCGGGGCUCUGGGCCGGGCUACGGGAAACCAACAGCACCAGCCAGACACAGGCAGCCCUGCUGGAGAAGCUGCUGGGAGGGCAGGCGGGCCUGGGAAGGCGACUCAGUACCCUGAACAGCUCGCUGCUGCUCCUGGAGGACCAGCUUCACCAGCUCAGCCUGAAGGACCUCACUGGGCCUGCAGGUGAGGCUGGGCCCCCAGGGCCUCCUGGAGUACAGGGACCCCCGGGCCCUGCUGGACCUCCAGGACCUCCAGGCAAGGAUGGACAAAAGGGGCCCAUUGGGCCACCAGGGCCCCAAGGUGAACAGGGAGUGGAAGGGGCACCCGCAGUGUCUGUGCCCCGGGUGGCUUUCUCAGCUGCCCUGAGCUUGCCCCGGUCUGAACCAGGCACAGUGCCCUUCGACAGAGUCCUGCUCAAUGACGGGGACUACUACGACCCAGAGACCGGCAUAUUCACCGCGCCACUGGCCGGACGCUACCUGCUGAGCGCAGUGCUGACUGGGCACCGGCACGAGAAAGUAGAGGCUGUUCUGUCCCGCUCCAACCUGGGCGUGGCCCGCAUAGACUCCGGUGGCUACGAGCCUGAGGGCCUGGAGAAUAAGCCCGUGGCCGAAAGCCAGCCCAGCCCGGGCGCCCUGGGUGUCUUCAGCCUCAUCCUGCCGCUGCAGGCUGGCGACACGGUCUGCAUCGACCUGGUCAUGGGGCAGCUGGCGCACUCAGAGGAGCCGCUCACCAUCUUCAGCGGAGCCCUGCUCUACGGGGACCUGGAGCUAGAACAGGCGUAGGCAGGGGGCAGGUCGACCGGCCUGAAGCGUCUCUGCCUGCAAAAGAGCCAUGGGGGGCGGCGGGCUCCCGCGCGGGACUGGGCACUGGCUCCGCACCCCAGUCCUCGGCGAGUCCCCGUCUCCAGACCCGCUGCAGCAAAGGCGCCGGUGCAGCCUCCUCUCCACUCCCCACGAACAGAGUGCGUCAGGUUGGGAUCUCCGGAGUCCCCUCGUCCAGACUUUUGGCCUGACCGGUGUCCCCUGCAGGACCCGGCUGCGGAGGAGCAGAUCUUGGUAGCCUAGAAACCCCCCCAACUGGCUUCUAGGCCGACUUCCUGGGUUCCACGGGUCUCCUGAGGGUGCUCGGGCUCCCACCGCCAUACUAAACUAUUCAGGAAUAAAGACACUUGGUUUUUAUAAAAAAGAACAAAACGAAAUACA